AUGGUGGGGCCAACUCUGGUGGGUCUGCAAGACCACCUGAAGCUGGCGAGAGAGUACGCAAUGGAAGGGCUCUACGAUACCUCCUUGAUCUUCUUUGAUGGUGGCAUUGCUCAGAUCAACAAGCACCUAAACACGCUUGAUGAUCCGUUGAUUCGCUCGAAAUGGAUGAAUGUAAAGAAAGCACUUACCGAGGAGGCAGAGGUUGUGAAACAAUUAGAUGCAGAGAGAAGAGCAUUUAAGGAAAGUCCCUUGGGCCGACGCCCUUCGUCGCCUCCAAUUCAUGCUAAGUCGUCAUUUGUUUUUCAACCCUUAGAUGAAUACCCAACUUCCUCUGGUUUGCCCAUGGAUGAUCCUGAUGUGUGGAGGCCACCAAGUCGGGACACUACAGGUAGAAGACCUGGAAAGGCUGGCCCAGGUGGUAUGAGGAAGUCACCACAAGAUGCAACUUGGGCUCGUGGCUCUGCAACAAGAACAGGCACACCUGGCCGUGGUACAAAGGCUGGUGGAUCAAGUAGGUCUAACUCAGCGGUUCGAACAUCUACUACUGGAAAGAAAGGCACUGGUUCCGGCAAAUCUAGCAAGGCAGAUUCAGCGAAUGGUGAUGCUGAAGAUGGAAAGUCAAAGAGGUCACAGUAUGAGGGACCGGAUCCUGAUUUGGCUGAAAUGCUUGAAAGGGAUGUGCUGGAAACCAGUCCUGGAGUGAGAUGGGAUGAUGUUGCUGGUUUGACUGAAGCAAAAAGGCUUCUAGAGGAAGCUGUUGUGCUUCCUUUGUGGAUGCCUGAAUAUUUUCAGGGAAUUAGGAGGCCAUGGAAGGGUGUUCUUAUGUUCGGUCCUCCUGGAACUGGGAAGACGUUACUUGCUAAAGCUGUUGCUACUGAGUGUGGAACAACUUUUUUCAAUGUCUCGUCUGCUACUUUAGCUUCAAAAUGGCGUGGAGAGAGUGAACGUAUGGUACGGUGCUUAUUUGAUCUUGCAAGAGCUUAUGCGCCGAGUACAAUAUUCAUUGAUGAAAUUGAUUCACUUUGCAAUUCCCGGGGGGCAUCAGGGGAGCAUGAGUCAUCCAGAAGGGUGAAAUCUGAACUUCUAGUUCAGGUAGAUGGGGUCAACAAUACUGGCACAAAUGAAGAUGGUACUCGUAAAAUAGUGAUGGUUCUGGCCGCUACUAACUUUCCAUGGGACAUAGAUGAGGCACUCAGGAGGAGGCUGGAGAAGCGUAUAUAUAUUCCCCUACCAAAUUUUGAGAGCCGUAAAGCACUUAUUCGGAUAAAUUUGAAAUCUGUCGAGGUGGCUCAGGACGUAGAUAUUGAUGAUGUGGCUCGCAGAACAGAGGGAUAUAGUGGUGAUGAUCUCACAAAUGUUUGCCGGGAUGCUUCCCUGAAUGGGAUGAGGCGCAAAAUAGCUGGAAAGACGCGUGAAGAGAUUAAGAGCAUGUCCAAGGAUGAUAUCUCAAAGGAUCCCGUUGCCAUGUGUGACUUUGAAGAAGCCUUGCGGAAGGUCCAGCGGAGUGUUUCUCAAGCUGAUAUUGAACGGCAUGAGAAAUGGUUUAACGAAUUUGGAUCAGGAUAG